AUGCGCAUAUAUGCAGCAGCAGCAAGUGUCGCUGUGGCACUUGGUGUCGCAACUGCGCAAACGUCUCCAACAACGUCCACUUCACCGACCGUUCCCACGUCGACAGUGUCCACUUCAUCUGGAAGUAACAACCCUAUUACAAUCGAGAAGGAGCCUGUGUCUUGUGUAUUUCGGUACUCAAUGCCAACGGCCACAAAUUUACCAAGUGGUGUGUCUACACCAUUAAUUACGUCCACCACGUUACCAGAUAGUGAUUCGGACGACAAAAAGGAAGUAAUUACCGACAGUGUAGAAAAUGGAUCGGAGGACGAUCUUGGUAAAGACGUUUCGGAGUUGGACACUUCAAGCUCGUCUAAUGAUAAAAAUGGGAAAGAAAAUGUAUCCAAGACGCCGGCGUCCACUACAAAAACACCAUCGUCCACCUCAGAGACACCAUCGUCCACUCCGGAGACACCACCGUCCACUUCAGAGACAAAAGCGUCCACUCCUGAGGUCAAAUCGUCCACUCCUGAGGUCAAAUCGUCCACUCCCGAGACGAAAACGUCCACUCAAGAGACAAAAUCGUCCACUCCAGAGACACCAGCGUCCACUACAAAGGCACCAGCGUCCACUCCAGAGACAAAAACGUCUACUACAGAGACUCCAAAGGCACCAGCGUCCAGUACUACAGAGACACCAGCAUCUACUCCAAAGGCACCAGCGUCCACUCCAGAGACACAAAAGUCUACUACCAAGACAUUAACGUCUUCCAAGACAGAAGAGUCCACCUCCACUUUGGAUGAAUUAGUGUCCACCACGACAGCCAAGACGACUUCGCCCACUGGAUCAGAUGACAAUCGUCGUCUAGUGGGUGAGACCACAGCUACUGCAGCUGAAGGGAUGUCAGACACUUCAGAUUCGGCCGAGCCCAUCGCUUCACCGACUACCACGACCCCACCGUCCACUACCACGACCCCAUCGUCCACUAAUACGACCCCAUCGUCCACUAAUACGACCCCUUCGUCCACGAACACGACCCCUUCGUCCACGAACACGACCCCGCCGUCCACUGAUACGACCCCACCGUCCAUUACCACAACCCCUUCGUCCACUAAUACGACCCCAUCGUCCACGAACACGACCCCAUCGUCCACGAACACGACCCCAUCGUCCACGAACACGACCCCAUCGUCCACUAGUGCGACCCCAUCGUCCCCUACUAAGACCCCAUCAGAGAUACCAAAUGCCACAUCGGCCAAAUCGACUGCAAUACCUGACAUGCAAAAGCAGAUGGAGUUGCCACUUAUGCCUGGAAUAGGAGACGGUACUGGCUCGAGGGAAAAACCGGAGUCCACGUCAAUUGAGUUUAGUUGUGACGAAACCUUUUAUAGUGCAUGGCACACGAUGGGAUUGACAUGUAAAGGUACUGAAUUGGACAUUGUGGCCGCUGUAGCGUCCGCUGAAUGUUUAAUUUACUCGGGACUAUCAUCGGGGACAGAGAUUUUUGAUCUGGCUACGUGUAUGUCAAGUUGUCGCUUCCCGGCAUGUAACAAUGGUAUAUGGGACUAUUCGUCCAAUGAAGGGAUGAACUCGUCCAUUUACGCAAAUUUGGAUUUCAUUACGCUCAUGAGUUAUGCUGGACCACAGGCGGCGGAAGCUGCGGCUGAUAGCGUUCAACAGCCUUUUUCGAAUCUCACAUUUGCUGUGACAACAAAGUGUGACUACACUAGCGACAAUUCGUUCAGUGACUGCCAAUGUGCGGGUGGAAUGAGCACGACACCUUCAUCUGGCGCGGCUGGCGCGUCGGAGACUUCAAAUUUGCAGUAUACGGUGCCUUUUAAUAAGGGUCUUGAGGACUCGCACCAUUGGCCUGAUGGUACUAAAAAGACCACGGUGGACAAGGCUGGCAUUGCGUCAACGACCAUUGCUAGCGGUGCGGCUACGGUUUCCAUUGUUGCGGGGGGUGUCAUGUCGGUGGCCAGUGGCAUUGUUGGUGGUACCUCGGUCGGUGUGGCCUCGAGUAUGUCGGCAGCUGCCAGUGUGGGGAUUACUUUAGCUGCUGUAGAUAUCUGCCAGUUUUCGAUCAUGCUUACCCAGAUGAACGUUGACGCUCGUCCGCGUUUCAUGGAGAACAUGGGCAGGAGGAUGGCUCCUGCUACUUUUACGUUCCUGCCCUUCGGCAAGUCUAAACCGACGCCAUCCGAUGAUUUGAAUCCGGCAGGAUCUACGGCCACUUCGCGUCGUUUGGCCGAUGACAGUAGUGCAAAUGGCAGCUCCAGCCAUGGCUCGGGACCGGGUACUGCGACGUCGGGUAUACAGGGUAUGGAGAAGUACGCGGCCCUUAUUGGUGUGGACCCUGACAUGUUGUUCUACCUGGCUGUGGCUGGCAUUGCCUGCAUGGUUGGUAUCGUCUUCGGGCUUUACGUGAUGGCAAUGGGUGUGUGUUACUUUAUUGUAAAAGACUUUACGACAUUUAGCCGCAAGUGGCUCGAUAAAGCCAUUGGCGUGCUCAUGAUGAUUUUGAUCCUGUCCGAGUAUGUGGUCGGUGCUACAGCCAUGUACCAGAUUUGCUACUGCAUUGACCACGACUCUGUGGACGUGAGCUUCUUUUUGGCUAUUGCCGCACUGCUGGGGUUGGCAUUCGGCACGAUUCUUUAUGGCGUUAUUGUCAUCAAGAACAACGAAGAUGAGCUGCGUGACUUGGGUACGAAGGACCACUUUGACAAGAAGUUCCACAACCGUUAUGGACCGCUGUACGAUGAACAUAGCUUUGAGGGCCGCUUCUUCUUCGCACCUAAGCUUCUAUUGGCGCUUCUCUGCGGUAUGACUACGGGCAUGGUCUGGAUUCAGGGACUCUGGCAGAUUAUCGUUCUUAUUGCGCUCCAUAUUGUAUUCCUACUGUACCUUGAGAUCAAGCAGCCGUACCCCACAGCUUUUGUGCAGAAGACGUCGAGCUUUGUCAUUAUUAUCAAGAUCUCGGCUCUUUUCUUGAGUUUUUUCCUCCUGUCAAGCGCCACGAGCUUCACGGAGAGUAUCCCGGAUGACCUUCGUGAGGGUGUGGCUUUUGCUAUUGUGGGUUUGCAGGUGCUGGUGCUUUUGUGUCUAAUGAUUCGUCAAGUCUACAUCUUCUACCGCACGUGGAAGCUUAAGCGUGACGGUACGUCAACAGACAACAAGACGGUCACGAUGCAGACGACGAGCGCCCGCGCAGGCUCCGAGGGUUUCUUUGCUCUAGGUGGCGAGCCGCAAUAUUGCAGCAACAAGGGCCGCGGCAAUUCGCUGGCUGUGUUGGGCGAUACGACUCCGAAGAUGCAAGACCACUACGCACAGCAGACUCCUUCCAACGUUAAUCACAACUACGGCAACCAACCUCAUGGAUCUCAGCCCCAGCAGAUGAACACUUACAACAUGCAGCAGAAUCACUUUGUGGCACAGCAGAAUAAUCACCAGCGCAACAACGAGGUCGAUCUGUAA